UAGACUAUUUCAUUGACUAGUAUAAAGUUGUAUUCGUAAAACUUGUUUAUCGGGUUAAAAAUAUUAUCACAAAUCGAUCCAACUUGUAGGUAGUAGGUACCUAGUUGCAUAGCAUUUUUAAACAACCAGUUCGGUCUGUGCGCGCACGUUUGUUUUCAUGAAUUCGACUUUACCGGUACUUCGUUAUAUUAUUAGUCGAUGUGAACAUACAAAGACGUAAGUUACCUAUUUCAAUAUUAUUUGGCUUGAGAGAACCGGUUCAAUAUCAUCGUUACACGUCGCAAAUUAUUUUCUAAAAAAAAUAGCAAACGUGGACGCGACGAUGUACGAGUAGAUACAUAAAUGAUCGGCUGCUGGAAAAUCCUUCUGCCAUGCUGGCUUAUGGCAGCAUGUUGCCAGUCAGCCAACAUCCUGGGUAUCGCCACCUACGACGGCAACAGCCACUGGUUAGUAAUGCAGGCAGUUUUCAACGCACUGGCCAAUGCCGGACACCAGGUCACCGUGAUAACUCCCAACUCCAAAAGCACCGCUAACGUCAGCUUGAUCGAUAUCUCGAAAUCUCUGCCACCGCGAAGGAAUGCUUUUACUUUUGACUUCAUUCGGCCAGAAUACGAGCGUCCGUAUUUAACGUUGAACGUACUGCCUUCGCUGAGCUUGGGUCAAUGCGAUAAAGCUCACCGUUUACCGGAAGUUCGCCGCUUACUAAACGGCGAGCGUAAAUUCGACGUCGUUAUCUCAGAAGUAUUCGGAACUGACUGCGACGCUGUGUUCGCCUAUUUACUCAAGGUACCUCUAAUAUCAGUAGUUACCAGCGCCAUGUUACCUUGGGCCAGUUACAGAGUCGGUAAUCCGGAAAACCCAUCAUAUGUUCCCAAUAUCCUCUUACCUUACGCCGGACCAAUGUCUUUCGACCAAAGAUUAAUCAACACCUUUUACAACAUUUACACCUAUUUCGUCGACAUCUACAGUAACUACCGGGUCACUUCGAUGAAUCGUAAACAUUUCGGAAACGAGGUGCCAUCCGCUCAGAAGAUAUUUCGAAACACGUCGCUGGUAUUCGUCAACAGUCAUUUUACCGUCGACCAGCCCAGACCGUUCGUGCCGAAUGUCAUAGAAGUCGGAGGUAUUCACUUGCCUCCGGUUAAACCCCUCCCUAAGGAUUGGGCCACAUUCAUGGACAAUUCCAGCAAAGGGGUGAUUUUCUUCUCUUUGGGCAGCAUAAUACAAGCAUCUUCUUUACCAAACGAGACAAUCACAGCUUUCAAAGAAGCUUUCGCCGAAUUAGACUUGAACGUUUUGUGGAAAUUUGAAGACGAAUCGUUAGAUGUCCCUUCAAACGUAAUUAUCAGAAAAUGGUUCCCACAAAGGGAUCUUUUAGCUCAUCCAAAUAUGAAAUUAGCCAUCAUGCACGGUGGCCUAAUGGGUGUUUAUGAAGCAGUCGACGUCGGAUUACCAGUCAUCGGUCUACCUAUAUUUUUCGACCAACGACACAACGUUGCAAAUUUGGUAGCCAAAGGAAGCGCCAUACAACUAGAUUUACACAGAGUCACCAAAGAAAACUUCUUAGAAAAUAUCAAAAAAAUUAUUCACGAUAAGAGCUACAAACAACGUGCGGAUAAAUUAUCGAAAAAAUUCCACGACCGAUUAGUCAAACCAUCCGAUUCGGUAGUCUACUGGACAGAAUACGUGAUCAAUCACGAAGGCGCUUAUCACUUGCGAUCAGCAGCAGCCGAACUUCCAUGGUACCAGUACAUUCUGCUCGAUGUGAUAUUAUUCUUAUUUUUUACCUGUUUCCUGGUAUUAUUCGUGAUGAAAAAAAUAAUUCAAACUUUAGUCAGCACUUGCAGAAGGCUUAUUACUACGAAUAAAGUUGUUAGUCCUGCAUCAAAACCAACACGAAAUGGUAUCCAUUUAAAAACCACGUGAUGAUCGUAAAGCCUAGGUAUAUAAAUUACGUACUUUAGUGUGCCUUUGUUAUCUACUUAUUUAUUUUGAUCUCAUUUUGUAAUGUUCCUUGCGUUAAAAUACGCAUACAUAUGUAGGUACCUAUACCUUACCUACCUACUUAAUGCGGAAUCAUCUUAUACGUUAAAUCUUACAUGAUGAAUGUUAGACGUGUUAACAUAUUCUUACAUUUUCACUUGUUAGUAGGUAGAGUAGAGAGUACCACUGUAAGUAGGUAGUGUGUUCGUAUGUGUGUGUGUACCGUGUACUGCCAAAAAAAAAAAAAUACUCGUACAUCUACGUUUGUUAUUUCAGCCUGUUUUUAAGUACCUAGCUCUACGUCUUAUUAAUUAAACGAACUAAUUUUCAUUUUUAUUUUAAACAUCAUAUAAAGGCGUAUAACUUUUACUUUAAUUUGUAACUUUCUCUCUUAUAGUUAUACUCGUUGGCAUUUUUCUUUAUUGUGUUAAAUUUUUAAACCGUCGAGUCAAAGUUUACAAACAGCUGACAAACUUUUCGUAUACACCUUUGAAACGGUGUAAAAUUUCCUCCUUCAAAAGUCUAACUUGUUGGUGGAUUGCUGCUAUUUGAAAGUGAACUGAAAAAUUACUCAACUUUUCCAGCUGUGUUGGUGUUUUAUAUACGUUAAGUAUAGUGAUGGAGUUUUACCUUUUUUCUACUACUUACAGGUCGAAAGUUACCGUGUACCGGAUCGAAUUCGAUAUUAUUAGAGUCGUAAAUGGCUGAAAAUUAUUUAUAGCGAAUGACUGUUACCUUUAUCAUUGCGUACUUAGGUAUAUAUUGAUUUAUUGAAUAAAAAUUACGUACAAAUGCGAA